AUGGCUUUUGUCGGCACAUCUGGGUCCUCUAUCCAAGGCGGCGCUCACAACACAGUUCACGGAAAUCAGAUUAUUACGUUGACAACCCAUGCUGUUCAGCACCACGAGAAGGAGUACACGGAAUAUGACGAGUAUGACAAUAUAAAAAGGGGCCAUCUCUACAUGUUGAAGGAUUUAUAUUUUGAGGAAUGCCCAAUGCGAUGGGACUCUUAUCAGCAACAGUGGGUUAUAUUCCGGGCAAAAAGAACAAUCAACACAGCAGAAAUCCUCCAUCAAGAACACAGAUCCAGAGUUACAGUGAUAUCAUAUUGUGGACCUCAGGCAAAAGAGGCUUGGGAGGAUGACUUCCAUCAGUUCUCACAAGUGCAGUGGGUUGACUGGAGGCAAUCAUAG